UCCAGAUGGACAAGGUUGCAGCGCCUCACUGACCCAGAGAAGCCCAAGUUCCAAGGUGAGAGGAUCCUCAAGCACUAGGGACACGGCCUGCAGGGGCAGGGAGACGGGCUGCAGGGGCAGGGAGACGGCCUGCAGGGGCAGGGAGACGGCCUGCAGGGAGAUGGGCUCAGAGGAGAGGAGUUCAGCCAUGUCUCACAAGAUCUCUUCCCCCUCACACAGCAACAGCAGCUCCUCCUCCAAACACGACAGCCGACAGGACAGUUGGGAGAUUGUAGAGGGGCUGCGUGGAGGACACAGUAAUGUCCAGGAGCCCCAGAAGCAGGAUGGAUACAUGCUGAAGAGGAGGAAGUGGCCGAUGAAGGGAUGGCACAAGAGAUAUUUCUACUUGGACAAGGGCAUCCUGAAGUAUGCCAAGUGUGGUGCUGACAUUGAGAAGGGGAAGUUACACGGCUGUAUUGACGUGGGUCUCUCUGUUAUGGCCAUUAAGAAGUCAGCCCAGUGCAUUGAUCUGGAUGCAGAGGAAAACAUCUAUCACCUGAAGAUCAAGUCACAGGAGCUGUUUGAUGAAUGGGUGUCUAAGCUCCGCCACCAUCGGCUGUACCGUCAGAAUGAAAUUGCUAUGUACCCCCAGGAGAAGGCUUACUACUACCCCCACUUCCCCCCUCCUGGGUCCCCCGGUGGGGCUGAUAGAACGCGGCAUGUCUCUCUAGCCAGGCAGGCAUCGGUCCAUGCUGCAGGUAGCUUCCCUGUGACCUGUACCAGCCAAUCCAAGGUGGCCGCCUGGCUGCAGUCCUCAGACGACAUGAACAAGUGCUCUAAAGACAUGUCAGUGUGUGAGUCCUACCUGUUGGAGCUGAACCAUCUGCUACAGAGUAUGGAGGUCAUCCACCGCACCUACUCUGCUCCAGCCAUCAACGCACUACUGCAGGCUUCUACAUUUGACACCCCCAAAAAGGAAAAAAGGCCCCCAAGGAAAUGGCGUGGUUCUAAAAACUAUGGCAAAGAUGUGAAAACAACACUGCAGGUUCCCAGUUGCAUCUCAUCUGGCUCCGUCCGUCUCCACGCCUCCAACCCCAACCUCUCUACUGCAGCCCUGGGGACUGCGAAGGCCUACCCUGAACCUCCCUAUAUGGACUCUCCUAUAGACGUAGCCAAACUACAGGAGGACUUCUGCCGCGUUGCUAACAACCUGCAUGCCACCAUGAAGUCAGCCCUGAGCGCUCUCACCUCUGAGAAGGAGAAGUUAAAACAGGUGCUGGACCACCAAGACACAUGCCCCCCUACCUCUCCAGGGAUUAUGGGUCUGAAGAACGCUCUGUCCUCGGCUAUAGCCCAGAACUCUGAACUGAGAGAGCGGCUGAGCAACAUUCACGCUGAGUCCAGCUGCGUCCCAGAACCCUCCACUGGGCUCAUAAACCUCUCUGGUCCCCUACAG